AGACCGAUACUAGCCAACAUCAGACCGGGUGAUCAAAUGGAUGAUGCCGCAUGGACGGGCCUGCAGAGCGGCGUGGAGUAUCUAUUAAGGAUGCAACAACUGACGAGACAACUGCUAUCACCCUCAAGAUUUUACUACGGGAUGAGUCAAUCAUCAACUACAUCGAAAACAGUCACCCAAAAUUACAAAUAAAUAUUUUGUUUCAUGAUUCUCUGCCAACUAAGAGCGAACAUUCUCCCAAAUGGGGAACCUUCUGGAUUCAGCUAAAUCCAUCAGCAGACCCAGAAUUAGCUGGCUCUGUUGGCCAUUUUCGGGCUCUGUAUCGGUCUAGUGUAGCUUAGGAACUAGGACGUAGCGUAGCGCCACCAGCUCUAGCGUAGCGCCACCAUAUUACGAAUAGGCACUUUGUUUCAUCCGCUGCCAACUGCCAACAAACUAUGCUGGAGCCUGGCAUGGCCCCUGUUAUCACUCAUCAUGAAAGUGAAACAACAGAGUAUGAGUCAACAUAUUUGAUUCAAGAACACAUUAGAGUAGGAACUCUCAUGCAACAUCAAAAGGUCAACAGCGGCCUGUAUAUUAGAGUAGUUGCUCUCUCUCUCUCAUCCAUCAACACUGCGACCACUCUGGUAAUAUACUCUUCUAACUUUCCCGGUUGUAACGGAUGUAGAUUUUCUCAAAAAGACGAAGGAUGCGCUGCUGAGUGGAGGAAGCGAUGACAUGGAAACGAAAGCAGUUAAGCACAUUCAUUCAUUCAUUCAUUCAUUCAUUCAUUCAUUCAUUCAUCUCUCCAGUGCGUUUGUUUGAAGAUAAGCCGUACUGAUAGCAUUUCUCAUCUCCCUUUCUCAUCUCUCAGGACUGUUCCUUUGAUAAGCAACCAGUCAAAUGAUAUUAAAAAUAUCGACUCUAUCCUUCGUCUUAAUAAUAUUUGAUAUUUACUUAUAAUAUAAUUCCUUUUCGUUUUGUUCCUUUGUUUUAGAAGGUAACAACAACAAGGAACCUGCUAAGAGAUGAAGAAACUGCUGGAACUAUUCCGCAUGAGGCUCCACUAUUACUGGACGGUUGCUUGCGGUUGGCAGCCAAGAGGCAGGACAGACAUAUGAACAGAAUUCUGAAUUCAUAAAGGCUUGAUCUCAAAGUGGAAGGACCGGGAACCCACAUUUGGAGGGUAAUGAUUGACGGAAAUAUUUAAUAGUGAGGUUUAGUAGCCCUUUUUCUGAGGACUCCUCAGUAGAAUACGGGUCCUCAGAAAUAAAAGGGCUACUAAAACUGGAAUUCUAGUACUUAGACUUACACCCUGAUUGCUCCAGUAAAAAUAAAGGGAUACAACAAAUAGAACUAGAGUGCGAGGGCGUAGGGCUUAGGGAUCUCCUCUUUUAGUAUCCGUUUUCAUACCCAGCACCUUACCCUUAGAAUCCGUUUUUUCAUAGACAGCUACAAAGCCAAAAAGCGCGGAUUGGUUUGAUGAAGCAAGCUACUAUAA